AUGGCUUUGCACAACUCCGAACCGAAUUGCAUCUUCUGCAAGAUCAUCAAGGGCGACAUUCCGUCGUUCAAGCUGAUCGAGACGGAUGCCAUCUACUCCUUCCUCGACAUCGGACCUCUCUCGAAGGGCCACGCCCUCGUCAUCCCCAAGUACCACGCCCCCAAGCUCCACGACGUUCCCGACGAGCACCUCGGUGAGAUCCUCGCAACGCUCAAGAAGAUUGCGGUUGCGCAGGGCGUCGAGAACUACAACAUCUUGCAGAACAAUGGCAAGAUUGCGCACCAGGUCGUCGACCACGUCCACUUCCACAUGAUCCCCAAGCCUUCGGACUCGGACAAGGAGGGACUCGUGAUCGGCUGGCCGGCGCAGCAGGCGAACAUGGAUGAGCUGAAGAAGUAUUGGGAGGAGGUCAAGGGGAAGCUUUGA